AUGACCAGCUGUUCGGAGCGAUUCGGGCCUGGGUCCGAGGGCCCGCGGUGUCGACCGGCUCUCCCGUGCGACUCGCACCCGUGCCCAAGGGCCCGCGGGGUCGACAAGCAGUCUUUGGAGACUCCGGGCCAGGUCCGAGGCCCCACGGGUUCAACUAGCUGUCCAGAGCGACCAAGGCCCGGGUCCGAGGGCCCUCAAUGUCGACCUGCUGUCCAGGGUGCUCGGGCCGGGUCCGAGGGCCCGCAGGGUCGACAAGCCGUCCCGGGGUCGACAGUCGUGGGCGACUCUGGGCCAGGUCCGAAGUCCAACGGGUUCCACCAGCUGUCCCGGGUGACCAAGGACUGGAUCCGACGGCCCUCGGUGUCCACCUGCUGUCUAGGGCACUCGGGCCCGGGUCCAAGGGCCCGCGGGAUCGGCCAGCUCUCUCGGGCGAAUCGUGCCAGGGUCCGCGUGCCAGCGGGGUUGACCAGAUUUCACGGGCGAUUCGGGCCCGGGCCUGAGGGCCUGCGGGGUCGACCAGCUGUCCUGGGCGACGCCGGCCUGGCUCCGAAGGCCUGCGGGGUCGACCAGCUGUCCCGGCUAACUCGGGCCCAGGCCCCCGGGCCCGCGCGGUCGACCAGCCCGUGCCCGAUGUCGCCCGGGGUCAACCCGCGGUCCCGGGCCUCUCACGCCCGGUUCGAGGGAUGGCGGGGUCGAUCUCCGGUCCCGGGCGACUCGGUCCGGGGCCCGAGGGCCCGCAAGGUCGACAAAACCUCCCGGGCGACUCGGGUCCUGGUCCAAGGUCCUCCGGUGACCCGCGCCCAUGCCCGAAGCCCCGCGGUGUCAACCAGAUGUCCCGGGCGACUUCGGCCAGGCUCCAAGUGCCUGCGGGCUCGACCCGCGGUCCCAGACUCCGGCUCGGCUCCGAUGCCUGCGGGGUCCCAGCUGUCCGGGCCCCCUGUGCUUGAGUCCGAGGGCCCGCGGUGUCGACCAGUUUUACCGGGCCAAUCGGGCCCGGGUUUGAGGGGCCGCGGUGUUGACAAGCGGUCCUGUGUGACUCCGGGCCGGGUCCGAGGGCCCAUGAGUUUCACCAGCCUCCCGGGUACUCGGGCCCGGGUCCGAGGGCCCUCCGUGAUGACCAGCUGUUCGGAGCGAUUCGGGCCUGGGUCCGAGGGCCCGCGGUGUCGACCGGCUCUCCCGUGCGACUCGCACCCGUGCCCAAGGGCCCGCGGGGUCGACAAGCAGUCUUUGGAGACUCCGGGCCAGGUCCGAGGCCCCACGGGUUCAACUAGCUGUCCAGAGCGACCAAGGCCCGGGUCCGCGUGCCGGCGGGGUCAACCAGAUGACACGGGCGACUCGGGCCCGGACCUGAGAGCCUGCGGGGUCGACCAGCUGUCCCGGGCGAAUCGUGCCCGGGUCCGCGCCCGUGCCCGAGGGCCUACGGUGUCCUCCAGCUGUCCCGGGGACUCGGACCAUGCCCGAGGGCCCGCAGGGUCGACAGUCGUGGGCGACUCUGGGCCAGGUCCGAAGUCCAACGGGUUCCACCAGCUGUCCCGGGUGACCAAGGACUGGAUCCGACGGCCCUCGGUGUCCACCUGCUGUCUAGGGCACUCGGGCCCGGGUCCAAGGGCCCGCGGGAUCGGCCAGCUCUCUCGGGCGAAUCGUGCCAGGGUCCGCGUGCCAGCGGGGUUGACCAGAUUUCACGGGCGAUUCGGGCCCGGGCCUGAGGGCCUGCGGGGUCGACCAGCUGUCCUGGGCGACGCCGGCCUGGCUCCGAAGGCCUGCGGGGUCGACCAGCUGUCCCGGCUAACUCGGGCCCAGGCCCCCGGGCCCGCGCGGCCCGUGCCCGAUGUCGCCCGGGGUCAACCCGCGGUCCCGGGCCUCUCACGCCCGGUUCGAGGGAUGGCGGGGUCGAUCUCCGGUCCCGGCGACUCGGUCCGGGGCCCGAGGGCCCGCAAGGUCGACAAAACCUCCCGGGCGACUCGGGUCCUGGUCCAAGGUCCUCCGGUGACCCGCGCCCAUGCCCGAAGCCCCGCGGUGUCAACCAGAUGUCCCGGGCGACUUCGGCCAGGCUCCAAGUGCCUGCGGGCUCGACCCGCGGUCCCAGGUGCCUCGGGCCCGACUCCGGCUCGGCUCCGAUGCCUGCGGGGUCCCAGCUGUCCGGGCCCCCUGUGCUUGAGUCCGAGGGCCCGCGGUGUCGACCAGUUUUACCGGGCCAAUCGGGCCCGGGUUUGA